AAGACGGAGGUGGAUCGUGUGAAACAAAAUGCAGUUCGCUAAGCUCGAUGAUUCGCCUAUGUUUCGUCAACAGAUGCAAUCUAUGGAAGAGAGUGCAGAUUUGCUGCGCAUGAGAUGCUUAAGAUUCUACAAAGGAUGCAGAAAAUACACGGAGGGACUUGGAGAAGGGUAUGAUGCAGAUAUUGGCUUUGCAAAUGCGCUUGAAUCUUUCGGUGGUGGCCAUAAUGAUCCUCUAUGUGUUGCUUUUGGAGGUCCUGUAAUGACAAAAUUUACAAUUGCUCUACGAGAAAUUGGGACAUACAAGGAAGUUCUUCGUUCUCAGGUAGAACAUAUGCUGAAUGACCGGUUGCUUCAGUUUGUGAAUGUUGAUGUCCAAGAAGUUAAGGAAGCACGUAAACGGUUUGAUAAAGCUUCCGUUAUAUACGACCAGGCACGAGAGAAGUAUCUUUCAUUAAGAAAGAGUACACGAUUGGAUGUGGCUGCAACAAUUGAGGAGGAUCUACAUAACGCCAGAACAACGUUCGAGCAAGCCCGGUUUCAGCUGGUUAGUGCACUCUCUAAUGCGGAAGCUAAGAAGCGAUUUGAGUUUUUGGAAGCAGUUAGUGGGACAAUGGAUGCUCAUCUCCGCUUCUUCAAACAGGGAUAUGAGCUCUUGCAUCAGAUGGAACCUUUCAUUAAUCAGGUGUUGGCUUAUGCACACCAGUCUAAAGAAUGUGCAAACUACGAAAUGGCGUCACUUAAUGAAAAGAUGCAAGAAUACCAAAGGCAAGUUGAUAGAGAAACUAGAAACUCAUGUGGUUCUCCAACAGGGGAUGGUAUGAGACACAACUCAAGAAACUCACAAAAAGUCAUAGAAGCUGUCAUGCAAUCUGCUGCAAAAGGAAAAGUUCAGACUAUAAGACAAGGGUAUCUGUCUAAACGAUCAUCAAACUUGAGAGGUGACUGGAAGAGAAGGUUCUUUAUUCUUGACAGCCGUGGGAUGUUAUACUAUUACCGCAAGCCAUGGAAUUGGUCUUCAGGAAAUGGAAGCAGGUCUGUUAUUCACAGGAAUACGACUUCAGAAAGCAGUCCAGGGCUGCUAAGUAGAUGGCUGUCUUCUCAUUAUCACGGUGGUGUGCACGAUGAAAAACCAGUUGCACGUCACACUGUUAAUCUACUGACCUCAACGAUUAAAGUUGAUGCAGAUCAGACUGAUCUAAGAUUCUGCUUCCGAAUUAUUUCUCCAACAAAAGUUUAUACAUUGCAGGCAGAGAAUGCACAAGAUCAGAUGGACUGGAUCGAGAAAAUAACAGGAGUAAUCGCUUCUUUACUUAGUUUCCAGACACCUGAAAGAGCAAUCAUGGUAACAUUUCAUAUACUACUACUCUUAGAUCUUUCUUGUGUGACACGUUAUCAUUUCUUGCAAUUGGAACAGCAUCUUUCUACAGUGGAUGGAGACACUUUCUCUGCAAGUGAUUCAGGUUCUUUAGCAGAUCCAUAUGAUUUCGAGCAGGCAGAAGGUAGAGAUUCCAUAGUGGAGAAUCCCAUGACAGGAGGGAACCGUUCGAGGUUCUCAGGGUGCUUGCAGCAAUAUGAUAUGACAAAGACUGAGAAGCCAAUUGAUGUCUUGACAAGAGUAUUGGGGAAUGAGAAAUGUGCAGAUUGUGGUGCUCCUGAACCUGAUUGGGCCUCUUUGAAUCUCGGAGUACUCAUAUGUAUUGAGUGUUCUGGUAUACAUCGUAAUCUUGGUGUUCACAUUUCAAAGGUCAGAUCGCUCACACUUGAUGUCAAAGUGUGGGAACCAUCGGUGUUGACGUUGUUCCAGUCAUUAGGUAACGUAUAUGUAAACUCAGUGUGGGAGGAGUUGUUGAACUCAGAGAGUAGAACUUCUAGUGCUAGUAGGUCUUCAAGCACUCCCAAGGCAGACCGACCAAGAAAGUUUCUUGCAAGGAAACCUGGUUGCAAUGAUCCCAUCUCUGUGAAAGAGUUGUUCAUCCACGCAAAGUACUCAGAGAGGAUAUUUGUCAGAAAAGCAACAGACAGUAAGCAUUUCCAAGCAGUAUUCCAAGAGAUUUGGGAGAAUGUCCGAGCCAACGACAAGAAAUCAGUUUACAAACACAUUGUCUGCUCUGAAGCAGAUGUGAAUGCAUUACGUGGACAAGCCUCCUACACAGUAUCUCUACCCUUAGCGAAGAUGAUGCAACUGGAGGCGAAGGAGGAAACUCUCGAAGCCAAGUUCAAGAGCAUUGAAAAGGAGUUUCAAGAGAAACAAGAAGGUUGUUCCAAGUCAAGAAGAGGAGACGGUGAAAGUAUGGUCAGAGAAGAGACUUCAAACGACUGCUCUUUGCUUCACCUUGCUUGUCUCUCUGCGGAUAUUGGUAUGGUUGAGUUGUUGCUUCAGUACGGUGCGAAGAUAAAUGCAACAGACUCAAAAGGUCGGACUCCACUUCAUCAUUGUAUAAUCAGUAGGAGAUAUGCAAUUGCAAGGUUGCUUCUAAUGAGGGGAGGAGAUCCAAAUGCUGUGGAUAAAGACAGUAACACACCGGUUAAAUAUGCUUCAGAGACAGAUCUCAAUGAUAGUGAACUAAUUGCUUUAUUAACAGACUCCAAAAGAUGAUUCAUAACCAUUUGAAAGCAAAAUGGUAUAGCACUAGAAGAGUGUUGCUCUAUUGAACUCUUUGCGCCUUUUAGUUCGUUUCAUACUCUCUCUUUUUUGUUCAUGAAGAGCGUAGAGAAUGCAUGUAAAGAUUUUGUUUUGGUGCUUAUUUGGUGUACAUAUUUGGUUUCUCAAAUCUGUUUUUGUUGUUGGUGCAAUGAAAUGACAAAGACACCAUUAUGUGUGUUCUUCUGUUCA